AUGCUACCUGUACACGGUUCUGCCAGCAACAGUUUCAACGCAAAGGAUCUCUGGUAAAAGUUGUUUUUUCUCAUAGUUUGAAUAAAUCUUUGAGUUUUCAGUCUAGAUGCUGUCUCGCUGGUCAAGACAAAACUGUCUAAUGAGUUACUUUUCAAGUUUUGCGUGAGUGGCUCUCUUCGCGCGUCAUCUUGCCGCUCCGUUGUUUGGAGAGUGAGAAUUUUCUUUUACUUUCAAAACAUUUAAAGUAAAUUUAAGAUUCUCUUACGCUGCUUACCUUAUGACCAAUCAGAAUGGGAAUCGGUUCUUCUGCGAAAUCGGCAAUCUUAUGGUGGUUUGAAAAAGAAAAAUAUAACCGACCCGCAUGAUGAGCGUUUCUCGCAAGAUCCUCAGCUCAACAAUCCUUUGGCUCCAAUUGAGCAGGUUUCUUCUGCUCAAAGUUCAACAAAGUAUUUUAAUUUUCAGAAUCCUUGGCACAAAUACUUUGCUGACAGCGAUCUACGGGACAUAAUUUCAAAAGAUGUCAGCCGAACGUAAUUUUACUCUUUUUAAAAUUCUAGCUUUCUUUUUCAAGUUUUCCUGAAAUCGAAUUCUUCCAAUCCGCACAUAUCAGGAAGAUGAUGUCCGAUAUUCUGCUGAUCUAUGCCAAAGAAAAUAGUUUUGUGAUGUACAAGCAAGUAAGCAAUUUUAGUUAUUUUCCAAGCAUAAUUUUCUUUUUCUAGGGAAUGCACGAAAUAUUGGCCCCGAUUAUGUUCGUGAUCUUUUCCGAUUUGGAGGCUUUUGAGCACUCUUUGGAAAGAGGCGAAACCAGGUUUCAUUUUAUUCUUAGUUUGGAAAAAAGCUCGAAUUUUAGUUCUCUAACCUCUUCUGAGGAACGAAUUCUGCGCUUUCUCUUUUCCAAAGAAUACCUCGAGCACGAUUGCUAGUAAGUUUUUCUCAUUUGGGUUAUUUAUCAAUUGUUUUUCUUUUGAAGUAACGUCUUUUCCGAAUUGAUGCUGGAUAUUGUGAAAUGGUACGAAGAUUCUGGUCAUUCCCCUGUACCAAGAAAUGAAAAUCCAUACAUGCGGUAGAUUUUUUUAAAAAAAUGUGAAGAAUUUUUGAUUUUUAAGACUACAAGACGCCGCUCCCACAAGCCGUUUGAUGUCCGACCUCAAUUCCAUCGGAAAAUUACUGGAAGAGAUCGAUCCAACUUUGUCCAGGCACUUGAAGUCUCUAGACAUCCCGCCCCAACUUUAUGGAAUGUAGGUUUUACUCGAAAAAUGUCUCACUUAUUGUUAAAUGAACCUUUUAGUCGCUGGCUGAGGCUUUUAUUCGGACGAGAAUUGCCACUGAACGACCUUCUGUACUUGUGGGACGUUUUAUUGGCCGAUCGUCCAAUGGCGCCACUUGUUCAGUGUAUUUUCGUCUCGAUGCUUGUUCAAAUUCGGCAUUUGUGUAUGUUUUGAAGAUUUUCGGAGUUAAAGUUUAGAUAAAAUGAUGUUUCUUUAAGACAUAAAGUUUGUUAAAGCUUUGAAUUUUAUUACGGAAGUUGAUUUUUUAGUUAUGCUCUCGGAAUUUUCAUUCAAAAAAAGAAUCAGAGUCCAGAAAAAGUUCACUAUAAUGAUAAAUUUCGCGGAAUAUAGGAUAAAAUACGUUGAGAAUUUGCGAAAUCCUGACAGUCGAUACGCCGUAAAAACCCACUUUUUCUAUUAAUUUCAUAGAAAAUAAUCAAUUUCUGUCAUUUUGAACAGAUUUCUGGUUUUUUUCUCCAAAAAUUCCAACACAAUUUUUCCGAAGAAAAAUUUUGUCUCCUCGAUAAAAAAUGAGAUUAUUCAGUACUUCCAUCGGAUUAUGGCGGCUGUUUGCAGUAUUUGAUGCGUUAUCCGCCGAUCGCCGACAUGGAUUCUUUCGUACAACUCGCUAGGCAUUAUCGGAAUCCAAAAGUUUGAAUAUUUAAAGUGUUUAAAUUAAUUUUGGCGAUUUCUUAAUUUUCGUUUUUUUCGGGUAUUUGGAAAAAAAGCUGCGAAAAUCGAGCCAGCAAAAAAAUUACAAGUGGUUUUUUUUCAUUAACCCCUUUUUUUCGUUCUAAAAUCAUUACACAAAUAACGUGAAAUCAGCAUUUUGGGUAGCCUUAAAAAGAAAUUGUAACCUACAAGGAGAUCCGAAAAUUUUCUGAAAAAUCCUAAAAUACAUCCGAAUUUUUUAUUUUUGUUAUUUCGCUGUAGGACCCACUUUUUCCCCCGGAAUGCUUGUUUCGCGUAAUCUCGGAACGAAAACUCCAAACCGCCAAAAUUAUUCCAAACAAAGCUUGAAAAUUGAAAAAUCAAUUUUUUCCAGAAAAUCGCGCGUCCCAACAUGGGCGAGAACAAUUUUUCGCAUCUGACGGUCGCUGGCAAAAAUCAUCCGAAUCUUGAAACUCGCGGGGUAAAAAUAAAAAAGAGAAGAAAAAUGAAAAAAUCGAUUAUUUCAGCACCUCUUGAGGAGAAAUGUGGAAGAUUCGCCGCCUACCGUUUUGGCGAGACCCGUUGGAAAUGCCUCGGUUUUCGCCAAAGUGAAGAAUACGAUAAGGGAUCGCUCCAAUUCGGGUUCGUUUCAUCACGAAAAAUGAAAAAAAGGAUUUUUCAGCCUCCGUUCCAUCGACACCUUUGAGUAGCCGUCGAAAUAAACCUAAUCUGAAAGUUUCCACGAAAGAAGUUGUCGUUCCAAAGUCUGACGCUUGGGGAAAGGUUGGUGGUAUGAAAAAAUACAAGCUUUUUCAGAAAAUAAUGUUUAGUUCGAACAAAAAUUGAGCAUCCCUACUAUCUUGCUAGUUUUUUUGGACUCAAAAACUUUUUCAUUUUUCCUAUAGUCCUUGCUUUUUUUCUGUUGGAGAUGCGGCGUUAGGAUUGGCAAGAAAAAAAAUGAAUAUUUCUUCAAAAAGGUGACUUAACUCUUCAUACAUUUCCAAAAAAAUUGAGCUGAAUUUUCAUCUCACGUUUUUUAAAAGAUUAUUUUUCCGCUGCAGAUUUGUUCAAAAUGAACAAAGAUGUAAUGUAUACGUUUCACAAAACUCCUAAAAACGAUUCUUCAGAAUUAUCAAGCGCUAUGUUUUCGAUAACAAUCAUGUUUCGAAAGCUGAAAAUGAAUUUAAAAUUAGAUGAGAACUCAGAAACGCCAGAGUGGUCCCUAGAGGGGUUAGGCGAAAAAAGAACCUAUAGUGAACAACAUAGUGCUCCCUAUAGGUGUUUAGGGUCUGACCUCUACACCCGCAAGGUUAAGAGGUCCUUAUAAUGGUCUUUCAUUUUUGUUAUGAUUUGAAAGUUAUAAAGACGUAGAGAUCACAGGGAUUGUCUCCUAAAGUGGCCACUUUGCAAGCUCGAUCGCCCCUACGAGAGCCUUAAAGGCUUUCACUCUAGGGAACACUCUGAUGUUCCUCAAAAUGUUCAAAACAUCUCAAAACUCCCGUUCGAUUUCUAGGAAAUCCAACUGAUGGAAGAGCAAGUUUCUUGCCUCCAAACGCGACUCAAUGAACGGGAUUUGGUGUGUUCGGAAGCCGCCAGAGCAAUCGGUGAAUUGAUUUCCAGAAAAAAAAGAAUAAAUAUUACGACUUCUAGAAAACUGUGCGCGAGAUCUGUCCAAAGGGCUGGCCCCUGAAAAAGCGGAAUCGUUAGCGAUCCGAUUACGAGAAAUCAGCCGCACACUUACCAUGUCGAGCGUUUCGGAACACAAUGGGGAAGGUGAGAAAAAUGAAAAUAAAUAUAAUGAUUUUUCGAAAUUUCUGUUCUUUUGAACUAAAACAAAGCAUUAUCUGUUUUCAAACACGAAUUUGUUGAGAAAAAAAUCUUCAAAUUUCUAAUUUUAGCCGUAGAGCGCAUUUCCUCUUGUUAUCAAUAAUAUCGAGGCAUUUUUCCUAACAUUUUCGAAAAAAAAGGCCUUCAAACUUUCAAAAUUAUCCGUAGAGCGAAUUUUCUCCACGUAUUACUAAUAAUUUUGAGGCCAAUCUUCCAAAAACGCCCGAAAAAGACACGAAAACAGAAACUUCCUGAUUUUGCCACUCAACUCUUUCCUUAAAAAAAUAAUGAAUAAAUGAAAAAAAAACAAACAAAAAUAAAUAAAUUUAGGCCUUCAAAUCAGCGCAAACCCGCUGGUAAUGACGAUAGAACGGGGCCGGGAGGUCAAAACAGCGCAGGACGUACGGCCCGAAGAGCCCCCGAAAGUCCUACGGGCCAACAACGAGAUGAUCCAGUUCAACAAGAAUACAUUCCCCCAAAUGUGA